GGACCACAGCUCAUCCCUAAAUGUGUGAGCUAGACGCGCAGUGAUUUUCAUCAAGUUGACGUAACAUAGGUAGAAUCUGAAUAGGCAUUUUGCGCGCGCAGCUUUAAGCGUGUGGGAAUCACUUCGCCGGCAGUUACCAGCCAGGCCACACGCUUUCCUCUCUUUCACGUAAACAUUGCCACCCCCUCCCUCUCAAAAACAAAACACUACCCUGGCUGGUUUCAAAACGUGCUUCUCUUUCCAGACUUUCUCGUGACUUUGGAUAACGUGAAGCAAUAUUCGUGUUAUUAGUAUAGUUUAGUGAUAUAGUUUCUUGGUUGUUAGUAAAGUUGCCGGUUCAGCGGUGGUGUGAUGUUAGUGAUUAAAAUAAUUCGUUCAAUUAUAACAAGGUGAAGUGAUAACAUUUGUUAAUUAAAUUCAAUUAUAUUGUUACCUGUAUUCAACGAAGAAGGCAAUAAUUGUUAAGUUUUUAUUAGUGUUAAAACAUUGUUAAGUUAAAUAGUGAAACCUAGAAGCAAUUAUUAGUCAAAUAAAAAGUCUGUGAUCAAAGUGCGGGCUAUUAUAAAGUUCGAAAAGUCCAAAGACUUUCAAGUGUGGAACGCGAGAAACGGGCGUUUCUGAAAUUCAAAAUGGCGUUCGCUGCAGCUCGGAUGAUACUGAAGGAUAAACGGAGGAAGGCGUCCAAGGAAGACUUCAGAGACCCCAGGAAUAGAAGCAAGGCUCGGAGCGCUAGCACCAGUAGCUUUAGGAGUGUGAGUCAGGCGCGGAAUAAACCCGCAGACGGCAGUGGUCACGUCAACCAGAAGAACGCGGGGGGCCAGAAAGCGACGCCAACGAGUCAAAAAGGUGGUCCAAAAACCCCCGUGAAACCAUCAGCGCAGAAGGGGGCAGCUAAGACCGCGCCACCCAAGCAAGCUGCUGCCGCUGCUGCCGCCGUCAAAACACCUCAGGGGAAGAAGAAGAAGGGACACAAGCACCAGCAGUAUGAGCUCAUUGUUACUAUUAAUCUGUCCGAAUAUGGCCUUACGGAGGAGCAAGUGGCAGAGUUCAAAGAAGCCUUCAUGUUAUUCGACAAGGACGAAGACGGCACGAUCACCAUGGCGGAGCUGGGAGUCGUCAUGCGCUCACUGGGGCAGAGACCUUCAGAGACUGAGCUUCGAGACAUGGUGAAAGAAGUGGACCAAGACGGCAACGGCACCAUCGAAUUUAACGAGUUUUUGCAGAUGAUGUCCAAAAAGAUGCGCGGCGCCGAUGGCGAGGACGAGCUUAGAGAGGCUUUCAGGGUAUUCGACAAAAACAACGACGGUCUAAUUUCCUCGGUGGAGCUACGCCACGUGAUGACCAACCUCGGCGAGCGGCUCAGCGAAGAAGAGGUGGACGACAUGAUCCGCGAGGCUGACCUCGAUGGAGACGGCAUGGUCAAUUACGAUGAGUUCGUGACAAUAUUGACGUCGAAAAACUAGUAUGCAGAGCAAACGCCGACGAGAGAACCUCCCCCUCGAGAACCGGCUCCCCGUAAGGACAGCGUCAGCACCCACCCUUACGGGGACGUCUACAAACACGGCGGGAAAGAAACUCUUAUAUAAACGGGACGGCAUUAAACGAACAGUGACAAUUCAUUAACCAGUGUUAAACGUUAACGAUAAUUAACCGUUUUAGAUCGCGCUUGGUGGCUGUGUAUACGUACUUAUCCCCUUAUUCAUAAAACUUUACGGGCCUGAUUUAGUUCAAAUAUGUUUUAUCCAUCUUUUUCAAAUGCAUAAGUCAAUAUGACAGCUAAAGACAAACGAUUAUUAUCAAAUUGAGGCUUGUAGCGCGUUUAUGAAUAAGGGGAUUAAUGUUUAGAUGUGUGUCAAGUUUGCUUCAAAUUGGGAGGAAAAAAUAUGGACUUUUUCCUCUUAAUUUUAAUGCAGGAAGCUAAAUUGUGAAUUGAAUUAAAUGCCGUUACAAGUUAGUUGAUUUGAAAUAGCGAAUUUUAGAUUGUUAGUUAAAUAAAUGUUUUAAAGACUGCUAGUGUAGUCGAAAUCAUUUGAUAUUAACGUUAAAAUUCAUUUAAUAAUACAGUUUGUUUUCAGUUAUUUUAGUAACAAAAACAAGUCUGAUAUUAAAUUAAUAAAAAUACUUAACUAACUUGUAACAGCUGAAGCAUACUAAUCGAUAUAAAUAACCUAAUCUUAAACAAUAGAUAAUAAAACAACUAACCUAACCAUAAAAUCAGUGUAAAUUACAUCAUAGAUAUAAUAAAGAGCAUUGUCAUAGAUUCACUAGGUAGAGAUAAAAUUAAAAUAGCUGUUAACAAAAAUCGGUUGUGCCGACAACUUUUUGUAAGUGUACCAAAACAUAGUCUACAUGAUAAAAUAAAUAAUCUAGCAUCCGUACGUAUACACGUUGUGUGACUUUGUGUAGUUUUAGAAGUGUAUGUGUCGACAAAUGAUGCUGUCCAGAAAGGUUCUUUCACAAAUGUUCAGUGUCCUGAAGUUGGGAUAUUGCCUUGUAUACAGUAAGGUGUUAUUUAGAGAAAAGGUUCCGACCGAAAAAAUCUGGGAAUAAAAUUUCAACUUUCUGUCAAAAAGAAAAGUCAUUCGUUUUAAUGACAAAUUGAGAGCGGAUCCUUUUCGUUCAACAACGUCCAAAUUCUACUUUAAUCAGCAAAAUACAAGUAACAAUGAAAAUGUGCAACAAUAUCGAUAAAGUAACUAUUUUAAUAUUUUUUAAAUAAAGAUUUGACUACGACUAAUCUUUUACAUGAUAAAGAUAUUAACCGCUCUCAUGAUAUUCACAGGACCCAAAAUAAAUUUUAUAAAAAGAAGGAGUUGUUUAUCAAUAGCCCAUAUUUUCAAAAAAAAAUUACUGACUAGGUAAAAAUUCUGCGGUAAAUACUUUUUACUAAAAAGUUGUUCGAGACGGAAUCUUGUGACGUAACAGAAAAGACAACAAAGCAUCUUUCUGGACAGCGCAAAGGCUUUCGUAAGUCUUCCAAACUGAGGGUUGACUGAAAUGAUGAGCCAAAUAUAAACUGAGUUCAUUAAUGUUACGAGGAAUCGAAAAUAUAUUUAUAAAAAGACUAGUGACUAAAGCUAAGAUUUUAUUCAGUCCUAAAAAAAUGGAGGAAUUUUACCGUGUUUAUAUAGGCACAUGAAAAGGGUACUUUUAUUGUAACAAGAUUUCUACUUUUUGCUAAGCUCUUAAAGACUAUAAGGCAUUUUAAAGUAGAUUUUUUUGUGUGUAUCUCCAUUUUAUUCUAAUUAUGGUUUAAGAUUCCAAUUUGUGUCCAUGUUUUCAGGGUCAUUAUUGUAGAGAAGGCACAAGAUCACAUAUUCAAAUUCCGUUUUGUGCCAUUGGAUCAAUUUUUUUAUGAUUUAUGUGGCGCAAAACGCACUUUUCAAUCUUCCUUACACUUGAGCUUCUCUAUUUAAUUUAUGCGUUUUAGAUAAGAAGUUAAAAUUUUAUGUAGGAAUACAAUUACUUCAGUGACAUCGUCAUUGUUUACUGAAUAUUUAACUAUUUGGGGAAAACAUAAUUUAUAUUGGUUUUACGAUAGUCGGUUGGUUAGUUGGUUGAUAUAUAUAUUAAUAUCAAUAAUUAUGCUAUUCGAAUUUUAUAAAGGAUUUGGCAUUACUAUUGGUUAUGCAUCUAUAAAAAAAGGUGACCAUUUACAAUCAUUCUCUAGCACAGUAUUAAUAUUGUCGCAUCAAUAUUAAAAGGCUAUAAUUUUUAAAACUUUUGAAUAGUAAAACCGUUGCUACUAUAAAAAUCUAACAGCCGUUUUCGAACAAUGAGAUACGUCAAAUACUAGAUAUUGAAACGAUAUGUAUUAGAUAUGUCAGUGUCAAACAAGUGUCAAAAGUGACGUAUUUGUUUGAAGAAACGUCAAAUUUUACACUUGUUUGACACUGACAUAUCUAAUACAUAUCUUUUCUAGAUCUAUUAACUGACGUAUCUUAAAGUUGUAAUCGGGCCGUAAGUAACUAAACCUUGUAUUAUUUACAGAAGAUUCAUAUCUAAAGACGUGUAAUAGAAGACACACGUCUAAAAAAGUGUAACAUUAGUUAUUUGUUUUACAUGAGGGCAAAGUUGUUGUUUAACCGCUCGUGCUAAUAUUGAUACCCGAGCAAGCGAAAGAUUCCAAAAUUGAACCACGAGGGUAGCGAGUGGUUCGAAAAAUUGAAUCUUGAGCGUUGCGAGGGUUAAACAAAAUUUGCCCACGAGUGAAACACAAAAUUUUUCACCACACCAACCCGAAGCAACUAUUAAAUGUAAAAUAUCAGACAAAAUCAAACCAAAUCAAAUCCAAAUGAAUGUUAUUAAAUAUUUAUCAUCCAAAAUCAUCAUUUAAAAGUCAACUCUACCAUCAAACAUAAGAAAACAACUCAAAAUUUACUUUUGAUUACUUUGCCUCACAUGUGAAUAAAAUGCAACUUUGAUAUUAGUUUUUGAAGUGCAAACUCGUACUCGUACUCGUAUCGUAAGUGUACUCGUAGUAAACCUUUCCAAGCUAGUGUGGUGAAAAAUAACAUUCUAUACAAGGGCAAGUAUACGUAUCUACAAGAUACCAAGUAAGUAGUUCACUUCAAAUAGCCGUUGCAUGACUUGGUGCGGAGGAGUUAACGGCCAACUUAAAGCGAACGGCUAGUAAAAAAAAAUAACUUUAUGCUUGGAAUCUGAAAUACGUUGUUGCGUUACUCAUAAUUCUAAAACUUCUAAAACUGGCAUCUACAGUAUGUGUCUGACCAUGGGGCUUUAAUUCCAGGGCUUGAUAUUAGUCGCUAAACUGAGCUACUUUUACUAUGGGACCAACCCUAAAAUCGGGGAAAAAUUUUGGGCUUUUCCAUAGAAAACGUCGACAUCUGAUCAGCCCAAACCUAUGAAAAAGUAAAAAAAAAAUUGCAGAAUUUCGGGGUUGGUGCCAUAAUAAAAGUAGCUCAGUUUAGCGAGUAGAAUCGAGCCCCGGAUUUAAAGCACCAUGGUCAGUAACACCCUGCAUAACAACUAUACUUAUUGGGCGAUACAGAAAAAUAGUGUGCUAGAGGUAUAGGUGAAAAUUGUGAUGCUAAAAGUUUGAGAAUAGCUGUAAAGUAAAAUAUUAAGUUAAAUUUUAUAAGUUACAUUUUUUGCCCAAGUGCUCCGUCAUUGGCACUCAUUAUACAUAUGUUUGUGUGUUGUGCCAUUUCUUUGUCAUUUUAAAGGUGACUAAUAUUUUUCUGAUAUUUAAUAAAUAACCCAAAUAAGCAGAACACAUUUCAAAAAAAUAUUCAACUAUUACAAUGAUGUGAAAAAAGGUUAUUUUUAUUUAUAGGUUAUUUUAGUUUAGUAGUUAUUUUAAUUGUAGCUUUAUGUAGUUUUAAUUUUAGUUUAUAAUUGUUUUUAUUUUGUAUGAAAUAAAUGUGAAAAAAGUGAUGUCUGAAAAACAGUAACUUAUUUUUGAUUUAGAAACUGCCAGUAACUCAUGUUGCGUGAUAAUAAUAACUUUAAAUUUUACUUGUUUUAAACACUUCUUUAACUCGCAUCGCUAUAAUUGCUAUAAAAGACAACUUAUUAUUAUUUAUGUAAUUUAAGCAUUAUGUUUCCAAAUUUGUGUCGUUUCCAGAGAAAAGAGACCAUGGCGGCCAGUAUUUAUGGUAUUUUAAUGAUGCUUUUAGAUAAAAAAAAAAUAAAAAAACAUACAACCGAAUUGAUAACCUCCUUCUUUGAGAUGUGGAAGUCGGUUAAAAAAAUAUGUAGCUGGGGUAUGUGUAAACUAAAAACGGUAGAUGCCUACGGCACUAAAAUACCUUUUCUAAGGAAACUACACAUUCAUAUACAUAAGACAAUAAUGUAUAUUACUUUAACUCUCAAAUUAAAUUUCAAACUUCGCAUAUCAGUAAGCAAUAACCAAAUAAUAUGAAAUUAUUUAAGCAAAUUAUAUUUACACAAAAAAAGAAAUAUAGACGUGAAGUUUUAGGUGAUCUAUAUUUUUUUAGUCAAAAUUAUUUAUUGGAAAAUAAUUUUAUUGACAAAGAUAUUAUUUAAAAACAUAUAACCACCUGUUUGAAAAAGUAGUCAAUAGUGGAAUUAUUUACACAAUUUUAUGACUACAAGAUGUAUUUUAUUCUAAGUAUGUUAUUCACAGAUAUUAUAUUUGACUCUACCGAUAAAUUAUAAUUAAUAUUACAAAAACUGAUAAAUUGGUUGUAUUAAUUUGCAAAUAUAUAUAUUUAAAUGGGGUGUCGUGAUGAAUAAAAUGUUGGUAAACUGUAAAAUAUAUCAAAAUAGUUGAUUAUACUGUAAAGGUAUGUCCACACCGGUGUGAUUUAACUUGCAUCUUUUUAAAACUCAUGCAUCUUAUGUCAAGACGCAAGCCUUAAUGUUUCAUACGUCGUAUAUUAAACAACUACUGUCGAUGUUAUUAAAUACUGUACAUAAAUGGCAUUUGCAACUAGGUAUGAUCAUUGUAUGUUUGUAAAAGAUGGAUGCUGAUAAGCAAUAAUGUAUCAACCCACAUUAAUUUUUUAAUAAGAUGUCAACUCAAAAAAUUGACGCUUAAAGUUGACAUUUUAUUACAAAAUGCAUGUGGGAUGACUCAUUUUUGCUAAACACCAUCCUUAUAAUUAUUGAGAUGUCGUUGAAACUGUCAACAUAGAAAGAAACAUUGGUCUCACUAAGUUUAAUUCCCGAUAAAGACCGUUUUGCCGAGUAUUCGCACACUCGCAUAAAUCAAACGCCUAUGGAUUUAAUCGAGCAAUGUCAAGGAAACCGACUAUUAUUGUUUAACGAAUGUCUGGCAUCUACUUGAAAAAUUCCUUGUCAAAGACAAGUCUGUCGGACCACGCAGCCGGAGGGAUUUUCUCCGUCAGCAAAAAACCUAGUCGGGACUCGUACCAUUUGUGACCUGUAGACAUAGACCUGCGAGAUAGACUACCCGUCUUUUUCUAUCUGUAUUCAUGAAAUAGAUACAGUCGCGGGCGAGAUGCUGUCGCGCUAAUCAUGUGCUAACCCGGCUGGCGCUUAACAUCGUCAAAAAUGUUAACUGCAAAUCAAAUUGUCAAAUGUUAAUUUGACAAUAAAUAAAUAAUAAAUCAAUAUAUAAAUAAAUAAUCAAUAUAUAAAUUAUCUUCAAUAAAUAUUAAUAACACUGUUACUUACCUUCUGUGGAUAAACAGGAACUAAUCUGUUAGGUAAUACAAGUAUUUACAAUACUUAAAAAGUGAUACAAGCACAAUUACCGCAAUAUUGUAUGUUACGAAAAAAAAUUAUUUAAAAAAAAUGUACACCAAAUUGCAAAGUUACAUGAGGUUGAUAGAUGGUCAACAAAUAUUUAUGCUGGACAUCUAGCUUUUCCAUGCAGCAUGGGAAAGCUAUCCAGCAACACCCUUCCCAUCCCUUAUCCAUUGAACAACAACAUGAGAAGGCACCUCGGUGUGGACGCACCUUAUGUUAAGCAGGCUCGCUUGCGUUAUGUGUAUGUAUCAACAAAAUAAUGUUACGUUAUAUACCUAUGUAUGAAAGUUAAGUUAUGUGCAAGUUAGAUAUUCAAUGUAAUUAGAUAUACAAGCUUCGUAUGAGACAAAAAAGAUUUUAAUAAAAUCUACAUUUAAAUGGUAAA